AUGUCUGCCGAAUCCAUGAUCAACGAUUCGUUGAAGGGCGACGAUGACUUCUCGGUCAUCGAGCGCUUGGCCGAUGCCAUACGCAUUGAGGAAGACAUCCAGAUCAGCCAGAGAGACCGCGAAGAGAUCAUCCAAGAUCUCUACGAAGGUCCGAAGAAGUGCCAGUGCUGCAUCAACUGGAUGGACGAAUGCCCUCACGGCGUCGAUCUGACCGAACUCAACAAGGACGAAGACGAAGACAGCGGCAAUCCUCUAAUUAUCCGACGGCGAGUGAAUGCCGGUCGGACCGGUACAGUCAUAUCCAUUCACUCAAUCGAGAUUCGACACGCGGCCACUCGCAAAGUCCUCAUCGACGUCUUCCAGCCUUACGACAACAUCGUCCACCGAGUAAAAUAUCUCACCUUUUUGGCUCCCUUCCACCAGUUCUUCUGGCGCUGGGAAAGCUUCGAGAAGGCCGUGGCAGAGGAGAAGGACGAGACUGUGAAGAAGAUCCUGACAAUCUUGAGGGGAUUGGUCAAGCGUGAGCUGGCAGGGGCGUUUGCUGUGAAUAAGGAGCUUGUCAGCCAUGGAGUCAUCACCUUCAACUACUUGUGGAUCUUGUUCGCUCCCGGAGAGCUAAUCUACUCUGCCGACGACAGUCACGAUCGGUUCUACGUGCUUCGGUCGUGCUCCUCGAGAGAUACAGCGAUUGACCUAAGUCUCUCCUACAUCGCCUGGGGUUCGGGAUCUAUGAAUUUCGGGACUGCCCACGAGGACCUUUCUAUCGACAACUUCCGGGGUACACGUUCCAUCAACAGCUUGCCAGCGUUUCCUGCCAAGUAUCUCCGCGACUUCUCAGGCAUGCAAGCAAAACUUGUAGAAAGGGGCCAGAAGUACGCAAGUCUGGCUGGAACACAUUACAAAGCAUACCAUCCCGAGGGGCAGGAUACACAAGCUGACCUUCGCGUCAUGGUCGAUGCAAGUCAUCGCAGGGUCUAUCUCUCCGCGAUUAUUCGCGAGGAUCGUGACGAAACACUUCAGCCGCUGUUCAGCCAGUACACCGACCUCAUCAACCAGUCUCCGGUGGAUUCGCCUCCACCAGGUGGCGUGCACAUUCCUUUGGAAGAGUACAUUGACGAGUGGGAUGAGAGACCGAGAGGUGGUCGUCGACCGCUCCGUAAUCCUCGACGAGUUUCCCCGUAUUGCCCCCCUGUUCCGCCAAGGCGAAGAUCACCAGCUGUGAUAGAGAUUUCCCGAAGGCGCAGAAGUGUCUCUCCGGAGUUCACGCGAUAUGAUGCGGAUACUGCGGAGCAUUCUAGGAAGCUCUUGACAGACUUUCAUCUGCAGCUCACAGACCCCGAAGUCGAUGGAUUUGAUCUCAAGGAGAAGACUUGGAGAAGUUUUGAAGUAGACCGUAUCCACGACAUCAAGUGGAACACGAAGCCAUUCGAGAGUCUAGUGUUGCCAGACGGAUACAAAGAUCUGAUCCUCGCUUUCGUUGAAAGUCAGGUCAAGGAAAAGAUUGCAUUCGAUGACGUGAUCAACGGCAAAGGCGGUGGGCUCGUAGCCUUACUUGCCGGAGACCCAGGCGUGGGAAAGACUCUCACUGCCGAGUCAGUUGCCGAGAAGAUCCAAGCCCCGCUGUUCAAGAUGGAGCUGGGGGACUAUCACGAUGACGAGCGCGAGAAGGACGACGCCCGAAUUCGGUAUGACAGAGAUCGGUCCCUGAGUCCCCGUCCCCGAGACUCGGAGCGCUCUAUGAGCUUCACGACUGCAUUUGAACUUGCUGCGCGCUGGGGAGCUGUUCUUCUGAUCGACGAGUGCGAUAUGUACUUGGAGAAGCGCAGCGACGCUUCGUCGAAACGGAACAGAUUGGUCUCCCGCUUCUUGAAGGAACUGGAGUACUAUCCGUCACUCCUCUUCCUUACCACCAACCGCGAGCGUUCCCUUGACCCCGCCAUCUACUCACGCGUCCAUCUAAAUAUCAAUUAUCCCGCAUUGGAUGAGCCCUCCCGAUUAAAGAUUUGGCAGACAUUCUUGGAGAAGAACAACUCGACCAUGUCAGACGGAGAGUUUCAGUCCCUAUCCAAGAUUGAUGUGAACGGCCGACGCAUUCGCAAUAUUGUCAAGACGGCGGGUAUCAUGGCGAGUAGAGAUGGGAGAUCAGUAAGCUUUGAUGAUGUGCGGAAGGUGAUGAAGAUCACCGAGGGUGUCGACGUUGAAUCCCCAAUGUGA